AUGGGGUUCUUAAAAGGUUAGAUGGUCGGGGUACCACACUUUCCUUUUCGGAACGGUGACAACAAUUGGUCGUUUUGUGAGAGGGAUCUGUUAAAAGGACGUGUUUUCGCUUUCUGGGGGGAGCCCGCUGGCGUUUUAUUGCCCCUUUGGCAGGAGUUGUUUUUCUUUGCACCGCGUGGUCACGUUGAUCUCUUUCCCAGCGUUCCUGUCGUUCUGUUCCCGACCCGAAGACUUUAUCGCAAUUAAUGAGAGCACGUGUUUGCUUCAGCCCAGCAUCCAAUCACGUUGUCGCUAGCCGUCACUGCAGACUCUACUAACUCCACUCCGCGGCCGCCGGCGGGGAAGAUCAAGGCAAUCUGGUCGCGGUUCAGGUCGCAUCGUCGCCGUCCCUCCGAAAACCAGUGCCGUUUCUCGUCGCCCUCGACCUCGCGCACCAUUGAAUCGUGCACGGAUUCGGAAGGAAGCCAGUCCACCUUCGAAGGCAGUUCUCCGCCCGAGCUAGGCGUCGACGCAGUGGAAAGGAUGAUGGGUACCUUGUCGCCGAGGAUGGAUCCCUUGGACGAGAUGACCGUCGUGGGCCACAAACGUUCCAUUUGUGGCGUUCCAGAAAACGAAGCGCUCCGAGAUCUCAGCUCCUCCAGUGCUACGACCACGGACUCGGCCGUUUCUAGUACAGGGGACCCCCAGUCCAGGCGGUCCUCCUCUGGCUACCCGGACUUUCGUCCGCGUCGGUCUACCAUCAACUCGAAAGUAAGUUGUUUUGUAUGGGUGCAUUGUUCUUUUGUUACAGUAGGAGAGUGUUUACAACCGUUUCAUUGAUUGAUUGCCCAUGUAUUGUUAACAAACCUUCCCUUUCAGAUGCCUGUAUCGAAGCCGAGGCCGAUAAUGAAGAUGACCGUGCCGAUGGCCGACGAUUUGUCCUGGAGAAAGGUCAGUACGGAUUCUCAGUAUGAAGACGAACACUUCUCUGACGAUGACUUUGAGGCUUGUGCUGUUAGUGGCCGAAGAAUGUCAGUAGACGAGCGAACGCUGAGAAAGGCAGUAAGUUUGAGAUGUAAGAAGAGCAUGGACAUAAAGUGCGUAAACAUCAUAAAGGAUAUACGUACAUAAACGCGGGCCUGUUUUGCCUUCUGUUUUCGUCCUUUAAGCCAGUUUCGAACAUAUUAACCAUGAUUUAACGUUUCCUUUGCAGAAUUACGCAAUAUUGCGGAAGAACAUUGACAGAUCGUUCGAGAUUGUCGGAGCGUUCAGUAAGUGCAUUUAUCAGUUGGAAAAGGGCAUGUUUAUGUCGCGACCAACAACUGAUACCGUCGUCUUUCAGAAAAACACCAGAAAUCGGCUUACAAAAACUACUUACAAUCCUUUACGGCCUAUGACAUCGCCCCCAACCAUGGUAUCUUGUUCACCAUCGACUCGGGCCUCAGCAUCCGGAAGACGAUCCACGCCAUGUGUGCCCAAUCGGCGACACAUCGAGCUGCCAUGGUCAGUAACGUCGGUAUGUUAUUCUUCCUUUAAACUUGUAACUCAUCUUUACUAUAACUGAAUCUUAAUUUUUCGUAUAUAUCUUAUACGUAGUAUUUUUGACAUUGCCAAAGGUUAUAAAUAUACACCAUGUGCAUGUUGCACUUUUAAAGGCCUUGUUUUCAGACGGAAAUUACAACAUAUUCACAUUGUCCGACUUCCUCUCCUGUUUACAAAAACGGCGGUCGGACCCGGAUCUUGGGGACCAGCCGGUUGCCAAGUUCUUCGAAGCAACCCAGUCCAACAAACGAUUGGUGACGGCGAGUUCAGAGAUCUCGUAAGUCAUACCUAAAAACACAUUUCGACAUGUGACGGGGAGGGAACGCUUUCAAAAAGGUUCUAAUUGAAACACGAUAUUAACAUUGGUCUGACACAUGGCUCAAGACGGGAAAGAAUUACAACUCUAAAUGACAUAGGAAUUUGAAACUUUCACAUAUGUUAUUGAUGAUCACACACUGUUCUAUAAUAUAGAAAAUAGAAGACUUACAGUUGAAGUAGGCAAUAAUAGUUCCAAACCAAAUUCAAAACAAGUAAAAAAACACUAAAACUUGACAUAAAUAAUGGUAUUCAUCAAAUCAAUGUCAUUUCAGAGUAUGGGACUUGGCCCGCCAGUUCCGUAUUAACCAUGUCCAUCGUAUCCCGGUGAUGGAAGUGAAGGGUAUCGUGAGGACAAAUGCAUUGUUCUGCUUGUUAUCACUACGGCCAGUCUUCCAGGAGAUUAUCAAGCUAGUCCAGACUAAAUGUUGUCUAUCUCCCAACUUGAACAAAGUCACAUUGGACGAGGUCAAACUAGGAAAGUGGACUAGUCUUGCCACUGUAAGUUUUUUAAAAACUUUAACAUCGUUUCACUAGUAAGACGGAUUCUGCCUGACGUUAUUAUCUCUAGCCACAAAUAUCAAAUCUUUAAAUUAACUCUUUGCUUCAAAAGCGAUUUGAUCUGUAUAUUAUCAUUAUUAUCAACCUACAGUGCAAAAGCUCACUUUAAAAUGAUUUUCGACUAAUCUUUGGUCGAUUUCAGAUCUCCGAGAACACAAAGUGUUCGGACGCGGUCGACCAGAUUCUGGAGAAGAAGAUCACUUGUCUGCCUCUGUUAGACUCAAAUGAUACCAUCAGUGGUGUGUUUUGCAAAUACGAUGUUAUGGCUGCAGUUGCAGAAAGGGGAGAAGACGGAAUCGACGAGAUUCUCGAGAUGGAAGUCAAAGUACGUUCUUUUACAAUGAAAUGAUAAACUAUAAGAGAUAACAAAGAAAAAACUAUCACAAUAUAAUUAACAACUAAACUUACUAUAAUAUACUGUAAACUAAACAGUAAUGUAAACUGCUUUUUACUGUAAACUGACGUUCUCUUUUGCAGGAUCUCUGUGACAACUCCAACAUGGACAUGAUCAUAGAGCCCAACGAGUCCAUCUUCUCAGCUAUCACACGCCUCACCGCUUCCCAGCAUCAGUGUCUGCUGAUAUGUCGUGCCAAAAGCUUACUAGGUGUAGUUUCGUACGCAGAUAUCAUCGACUUCUUGGUGAACGCCGAGAAGAACGACGAAAGCUAG